AUGGCUGCAUAUUCGCAAGACCACCUCACGCGCUACCUCGAGCACAUCUCGUACCCUCGCUCCCAACAUCCCCGAGAUGAACUCCAGCUCCUCACCGAGCUCCAAGCCCAUCACCUUGCGCGGGUGCCGUUCGAGUCCGUCGGUCUUCACUACUCUCCGCAUCGCACCCUGUCUCUCGACCCAGAAGCCCUAUUCGAAAAGGUCGUAGAGAAGAGCAAAGGCGGUUACUGUCUCGAGAUGAACGCCUUCUUCUGCGAGAUCCUCAAGGUCCUGGGCUUCACCGUCCUCCCCAUCGGCGCAAGAGUCGAAAUCGGUCCCCGAUUCGGCGGCAUGACUCACUGCGCCAACAUCGUCAUCAUCAGCGAGAGGCGCUACCUCGUCGACGUCGCCUUUGGCAGCUACGGCGUCUUUCGCCCCGUGCCGUUGACGUCCGGCUUCGAAUUCGACAACAUCCUCCCCCGCCGAGGAAAACUCGAGUUCCGCCCCAUCGCACAGUCCACAGCCCCCUCUACACAGCCCCUAUGGGUGUAUUCCUCUCAAGACGGUCCUUCAGCCGAAUGGGUCGAGCGGUACUGCUUCACGGAGACGGAGUUCUUCCGCGCAGUCUACGAAGUGAGCAACUACUUUUGCAGCACGAACCGCAUGUCUAUUUUCGUCAACCAGGUGAUUGUCUUGAAGGGCAUCUUGAACGACAGGGGAGAUGGGCUGCAAGGCGUGCUGACCAUGUUCCAGGGGGAGGUGAGGAAGCGGGUUGAGGGCGUAGAGGGGACGCAAGUGCUGGAGACGAUGGCCAACGAGGAGGAGAGAGUUGAGGCGUUGGACAAGUGGUUUUUGAUACCGUUGACGAAGCUGGAGGCGCAGGCUAUCCAGGGGCUGCCGAGUGAGUUGACGCAGUUCCGCAAGAGCGCGAUGUCAUGA